AUGGCCGAAAUCGAUGUCACGCAGAAUGGCUCCCUCGAGCAAGAAACCAACCAUGCUAACGGCACAGACAUCCCUCCCCCUCCAACAGCCCAUGCUCACUCUUCUCGUAUGUCCAACAUAAGCAUACCCUUGAAUGACGUCCCAGCCUUUACACCCACCAAAAGACUUCGCCUCGCAAUAAUUGGAGCUGGUUUCUCUGGCAUGUCGAUGGCCCACAAACUUCAGUAUAAAUAUGCCGAAGAGUUCAAAGAUCUACUAGACUGGAAGAUCUAUGAGUCUCGAUCCACAGUUGGAGGGACAUGGGACGCCAACACAUAUCCCGGUGUUCGCUGCGACGUCCCUUCGGCGAUCUACUGUUUCCCUUUUGAGCCCUACCCGGAAUGGUCCCACUUCUUCAGCCGGGGGGAGCAGAUUCAGGAGUACUUCCAGAUGGCCGUAAAGAAAUGGAAACUGGAUCAAAACGUCCUGUUCGACCAUUAUGUCCGCGAUGCCAGAUGGAUCGAAGAGCAGAGCGAGUGGAAGCUGGAGAUCUCAAAGAAUGGCGGUGCAGAGACAUUUACAGACCAUGUGGAUAUCCUCAUCUCAGCCCGCGGAUUCCUCUCGAGCUGGAACUGGCCAUCUAUUCCUGGCAUCGAGACAUUCCAGGGGAAGAAAGUCCACAGUGCUGCUUGGGACCAUUCUUACGAUUACACCAAAAAGAAGAUCGCAGUGAUUGGCAACGGAUCGAGUGGAAUCCAGAUCUUACCCGWAAUGGUAAAACCCGAGUUGCGAAAUGAAGUGACCAGUUUCCAACGAACACCCACUUGGAUCUUCUCUCGCAGUGCACCCGCUAAGAUUCUCGGCGGCGAGGAUCCAGAUCCAAAUCCUGCGUACACCGAGGAGGAUAAGCAACGCUUCCGAGAUCCAGCAGAGUUGCGAAAGUAUCGUAAGACCGUACAGGGGAGCGUGAACAAGAAUUUCAAGCUCUUUGUCAAAGGCUCGGAUUACAAUACCGAGAUGACGCAGUUUGCGAUUGAACAGAUGAAGGAAAAGCUGAAUCAUGAUCCUGUGCUGUGCGAGAAGCUGAUACCGAAGUAUGAGCUUGGCUGCAGGAGAAUCACGCCAGGAACGGGAUACCUCGAGGCCUUCACGCAACCAAAUGUGCAUCUCGAAAACAGCGAGAUUUCACACAUUACAGCCUCAGAGAUCCACACCAAGGAUGGGAACUCCCGUGAAUUCGAUGUAAUAAUCUGCGCGACGGGUUUCGACAUCUCCCAGGUCCCAUCUUUCCCUCUCAUCGGCAGGGAUGGUGUCAGCUUAGCAGAGAAGUGGAAAGAUGAGCCCGAGAGCUAUCUAUCACUGGCAUGCCCUGACAUGCCCAAUCUCUUCUUCUUCACUGGGCCCAACGCCACAGUUGGCCACGGCUCACUCAUCUUCUCCCUUGACUGGUCGGCCGAAUGGAUGAUUCGGUGGAUACAGAAAAUGGCAUACGAAGACAUUGCAUGCGUGGCUCCCAAGCAGGAGGUGGUCGAUGAAUUCGUGAGAUAUGGAGACCAGAUCCAUAAGACGCUCACUUGGACUGGCGGGUGCCGGUCUUGGUACAAGGCCAACCGGGUGAAUGGAAGAGUGACGGCGACUUUUGCGGGAAGUGCGAUCCUCUAUGAGAAGCUCGUGAACGGCAGGUUGCGGCCAGAGGACUUCGAGAUCAAGUAUCGUAGCGCAAACCGGKGGAAAUUUUUAGGCAAUGGCUUCACCGGGUACGAAUUGCAGGACGGCAACGACCUCAGCUAUUACAUUCCGUAG